UCUCAUUCUAACACCCUCAUCAAACUUCCCUUUUCCUCUAUGUAGUUUGUUGCUCUGCUUUUAGCUGUUUCCUUUUCUUCCUAUAAACUUCUCUCUAAUUCAAUCUCUCAGUUAAAGGGUUUAAAUUGCUGAGAAUCUCACUUCAGUUAGAUUUUCUUUCAAUAAGUCUAAACUUGUGUAAUUUCCGUUCAAUCUUUGUCAUUUUUCUUUUUCAUGAUAUUAUCAUAUGCCUUCUUAUGCAUUAUCCUAUAGUAUUACAAGCGAAACGAAUACUACGGGAAGAAAUGCAAAUUCUAUCUUGAUAAUCAUAGUUAAAAGUCUUGUACUCCUUUAAUUGUUAGGCUAGUUUCAUUUAAUGACUGCAUUUACUCCACAUCUUCAUUCAUAUUAUUACACGUGAAAGGUUCGAGAAUAAUCAUCUCCAAUUAUGUCAACACAAUCAUGAUGAUAAAGAAAGGAAAGCUAGAUUGAAUCACACCAAUCAAUUUUUCAAUAAAUAAGUGUGUACUGCGUUUACUUCACCGAAUUGCACACUCUCGCAUUGAGUACCACAACCCGUCUCUUGUAUAAAUCGAACAAAACUUAAUUAAGGAGAGUGGAAUAUUAAUAUGUGGAGACUGAAGAUUGCAAAGGGUGGAGAUAGCCCGUAUAUGUUUAGCACGAAUAAUUAUGUGGGUAGACAAAUAUGGGAAUUCGAUCCUGAUGCAGGCACACCCGAGGAGCUAGCCGCGGUUGAGGAAGCUCGCCAAAAUUUCCACAAAAAUCGACAUAAGGUUAAGCCAGCCAGUGACGUGCUUUGGCGAUUACAGUUCCUGAGGGAGAAAAACUUCAAACAAACAAUACCACAGGUGAAGGUUAAGGAUGGUGAGGAUAUUACGCAUGAAACUGCAACGAUUGCUCUGCGAAGAGCUGCCCACCACUUUUCAGCUUUACAAGCCAGCGAUGGCCAUUGGCCUUCUGAAAAUGCUGGCCCGUUAUAUUUUCUUCCUCCUUUUGUGAUGUGUUUGUACAUUACCGGAUAUCUGAAUACUGUAUUUACCUCUGAGCAUCGCAAGGAAAUACUUCGUUACUUGUACAAUCACCAGCACGAGGAUGGUGGAUGGGGAGUACACAUAGAGAGCCAUAGUAGCAUGUUUGGUACAGUUUUUAGUUAUAUUUGUAUGCGUUUAUUGGGAUUAGGACCUGAUGAUGGUGAAAAUAAUGCUUGUGCGAGAGCAAGAAAAUGGAUCCUUGACCACGGUGGUGUAACAUAUGUACCCUCUUGGGGCAAAAAUUGGCUUUCGAUUCUUGGUGUGUUUGACUGGUCUGGCACCAACCCAAUGCCUCCAGAGUUUUGGAUCCUUCCUUCUUUUUUCCCAAUACAUCCAACAAAAAUGUGGUGCUUUUGUCGAUUGGUUUACAUGCCCUUGUCCUAUUUAUAUGGUAAGAGAUUUGUUGGUCCAAUCACCCCACUAAUUCAACAAUUAAGAGAAGAACUUCAUACUAAGCCUUACAAUGAAAUCAAUUGGAGGAAAGUACGUCAUCUAUGUGCAAAGCUUGCAUGUUUUAUGUUGUUACAGGAGGAUUUAUAUUAUCCCCAUCCAUUGGUACAAGAUGUACUUUGGGAUAGUCUUUACAUAGCAACUGAGCCUCUCCUAACCCGUUGGCCUUUGAACAAGUUGAUUAGAGAAAGGGCUCUUAAAGAAACAAUAAAGUUUAUUCACUGUGAAGAUGAGAAUAGUCGAUACAUUACCAUCGGAUGUGUCGAAAAGCCAUUGUGUAUGCUCGCUUGUUGGGUUGAAGACCCUAAUGGAGACGCCUUUAAAAAGCAUCUCGCCAGAAUUGCUGAUUACAUUUGGCUCGGGGAAGAUGGAAUGAAGGUUCAGACUUUUGGCAGUCAAGUGUGGGACACUGCAUUAGGCCUUCAAGCUCUGAUUGCAAGCAACCUGACUGAUGAAAUUGGACCUACAGUCUCUAAAGGGCAUUACUUUUUAAAGCAAUCUCAGAUCAAGGAUAAUCCUUUGGGUGACUUCAAAAGCAUGUUCCGUCACUUUUCCAAAGGAGCAUGGCCUUUCUCUGAUCAAGAUCAUGGAUGGCAAGUUUCUGAUUGCACUGCAGAGAGCUUGAAGUGUUGCCUACUUCUUUCAAUUUUACCUGCCGAAAUCGUCGGAGAGAAAAUGAAACCUGAGAGACUAUAUGAAGCUGUCAACUUUAUACUUUCUCUUCAGAGUGAAGACGGAGGAUUAGCAGUUUGGGAGCCAGCAGGUGCUUCCUUAGUAUUGGAGUGGCUCAAUCCUGUAGAGUUUCUUGAGGACCUUGUUGUUGAGCAUACGUAUGUUGAAUGCACAGCAUCAGCAAUCCAAGCAUUUGUUUUGUUUAAGAAAUUGUACCCACAUCACAGAAAGAUAGAGAUUGAAAAUUUCAUCAAAAAGGCUGUACGAUACAUCGAAAAGGAGCAAACUACUGAUGGUUCAUGGUAUGGAAACUGGGGAAUCUGCUUCAUAUAUGGUACUACUUUUGCCAUUGGAGGUUUGGUUGCUGCUGGAAAGACUUACAACAACUCUUUGUCUAUUCGAAAAGCAGUUGAUUUUCUGCUAAAUUCACAAUGUGAAGAUGGUGGUUGGGGAGAGACUUGUAUCUCCUGCUCAAAGAAGAUAUAUACGCCACUUGAAGGAAAAAGAUCGAAUUUUGUACAAACUGCAUGGGCUGUGAUUGGUUUAAUUCAUUCAGGCCAGGCUGAGAGAAACUCAGCACCAAUUCAUCGCGCUGCAAAGUUGUUGAUAAACUCUCAGCUGGAAAAUGGAGAUUUCCCCCAACAGGAAAUUAUGGGAGUUUUCAUGAGGAACUGCAUGUUGCACUAUGCAGAAUACAGGAAUAUAUUCCCAAUGUGGGCUUUAGCAGAAUACAGGAAUAAAGUUUUAAUGCCCAACAAUUAACACUUAAAUUAGUCAAGCAGAAGCAGUGGAUUAAAAUUUUAGCGAGUGAAGAACCGAUUAAAUAAGAGUUGUUUAUAGAUGUGUAAAUCGCAUCAACAUAUCUGUAAAAUUUUGUGUAAUAAAGCACUAUAAGGUUUGACUAUUAUGGAUUUCAAGUUUAUGUAAAUCGCUUCAUAGUUUAUGGAUUUCAAGGAAAUAAAAGUUUCGAAGUUUUGACUCC